CCCUGCUCUCCAGCCCUACAGAGCAGCACCCACCAGCAGAGAGUGCCAGGGUCUACCAUCCGCCUGUUCUUCGACGCCAGCACCCGCCAAAGGCAGAUCCAGUGCACAGCGCUUCUCAUUCGACGGUGCAAGCGCGCCAAGACUCAGCCAUCGACCAGCACCGCUUCGAGACGGGCAACGACGCUCAAUCGUCCAAAUCUAACAAUUCUUAUUCGCAUUACAGCCCAAAGGACGACCAACAGAGGCUCAGUACCUACCAUCCUGCCUCAUCUACUCCAGCCUAUGCCCCAUCUGCUGCCCCAUCUACUACCCCAUCUACUGCCCCACACCAGGCUGAGACACUUCCUGCUCGCCAUCACUCCAAGUCUGUGUCUGCAGGCGCACCUUACUCGGCAGCGUCACCGAGGUCACAUGAGCUCAGUCCAGAACGCAUCCUUCCCGUUGACAUGACAAGCGGCUCUGAUCCAAGAUCCAACAUCACUGGACCCUCUUCCCUCCCUGAACAGUUCUUUACCCAGCAAAACAACUUCGGCACACGACAACAGCGCUACAACGUCAGGUUUGCUGCAAAUUACACAUCUGAGAAUAUGCCACCCUCACAGAAGUCCCGCAAUGAGCCACCAACACCACCCUCUGCGCCCGCAGUCGUCGCUGAGCCUGAGCAGCCAGGGAGUUCUCCGGUCCCUGGUCCGACUACAGAAGAGCUCCCCACACCAGCGUCUCAUGGAAGCACUCGCCAUGUAGAGCCCCUGCCAACACGGCCUUCCAGAGAAUCUACCAGAGAACGUGGAGAUCGUGAGCCUUCCGUCGAGCGUUGCGCUGGGUGCAAUGAGGCAUGGAGACGGCCAAUUCCUGAUAUGGACAGCGACCAGAUUGCUCCUGCUCAAGAUAAUACUGAGUACAUAAGGCUUGCAGGCAAUCUGAUCGAUCGACUGCGCAACGAGAGAAAGAAGGCUGAUGCUGCGUACGAUGAAUGGAAGUGGCGCCACAGCCGUUGCUACUGCCAGCCAAGCCCGUAUUCCAUCGGAUCUGUGGAUGAUUCAUCAAAGCCCACAGCUGCGUCUCCUCAAGCCGACGGAGCAACAAAUGGUCAUAGUGCCACUACCAACAAACGCAAAUCCGAAGUUCCGCAUGAACCGCCGUCCGCAUCGAAGCAGCGAAGAUUAUCGAACCCUAGCCCGGCACCAGCGGUCCGAAAGCCUGACUUGUCCCACGUCUCGGCAUCUUAGUUACAUCUUCUCUUCCCUUUGGCACACGAUCUGCAUAUGCAUAUUGAUUUGGUGUUGGUUUUGGUAAAAGGAGGACAUCCGUUAUACCCCUUUGAUUUUUGUCUGCAGGUAUCGUUUUUGGACAUGCACCUUGUCGCUCUACUUCAUAGAUACGGAAGAGCGCCGUCGAUCGGCGUCACCGCAUCGGCUCGCACGACUUCGCUAUGCGGUAUUCUUGCAUGGUGUCCCACGAAAGCCGCUGAGUCCUCAAUAUACCUGUGUCUUUCUCAAUUCUCUCUUCACAAGGCCUCUUACGACUCUC